AUGAUGCCAGCCAUGCAGCUGUGCCGCCUCGCUUCAGGCGUGCUUAGGCGGCGCUCUUUGCAAGGCUGCAGCAUGCCGAUUCGCCCAACGUUGGCUGCGCGCUGGCAGGCUUUCCAUUUGGCUCCUACACGGGGCUUCAAUGCAGCUGCCGCAGAUGAUUUGGAACUGCUCAAGCGAAGGAAGAGGCUGACAUGGCGUGCCAAGAGCCGCGGCUGGCUUGAGCUGGAUGUGCUGAUGGGAACUUUUGUAGAGAAGCACGUCGCUGAGUUUGACGAGCAGAAGCUGGAUUUGUUGGAAGAGGUCCUGGAACUUGAGAACCCUGAUCUGUUCAAGUGGUUUACCAAACAGGUCCCGGUUCCAGAGGAGCUUUUGCAAGAGAAUGAGGUGAUGCAACUGAUGAUGGAGUACGUCAAAUCUGACCACACGAGCGAGUUCAGUGUCAAAUGA